AUCGUCGGCGAAAGGUGGCGGUGCGGUGUUGGUCGGAGAGGGCACAGAGGGCCCCUCGCGGUGGUGGCUCGCUCGCUCGCUCGUGAGAGAGCUGUUUUCGCUGCCGGGCCGUAGGAAGCGACAGCGGCUUUAGCGGUGGCGCGGCCCGCAACUCCUCGUGUGUGCCAUAGCGGCCACUGCCGGAUACACGACAGUAGUGCGCGUUCGUUUACAAGAUGGCAGACGGUCCGUCCGCGGAGGACGCGACCGCGAACGAACUGGGGGACGAUGAUACCUGCGUGACGACGAGAGAACGACACAAACGCCUGGACGCCAGCAUGCCGGGCAUCUUCUCGGCCACCGUUCAGGACGCGGCAAAGCGCGUCCUCGACAACGUCUCGGCCGAUGAUCAUCGUCGUCCUCCCCACGACCGCCGUGUUAUUCGUCAGCAGCACGAGCAGCAACGGCAUUAUCCUUCCCGUCAGUCCCACCGUCAUCAUACACCGCAUUGUAAUCAUUACCACUAUAAUCUCCAUCGUCAUCAUCACCUUACCAAUCAUCGUAACAACGAUCGUGUUAUUAACAACGACGGCGACGGUGGUGGUAGUAGUGGCGGCGGUAGCGAUGGUGUUACUACUACUACCACCACCACCAGUAGUGGCGAUUCGUUGUUGCGCGUCGACGCGAUCGGAGCAGCGAGCGACGAGGAGAGCAGUAUCGGUGGUGUCGAGGCGCUCAGCGGCGGCAACGAUGGAAUCAAGAUAGUCGGCGUGGAUGAGGUGGACGGAGACGACGAGGACGACGGCGUCGAUAGCGAGUGUGGCGAUGACAGUGCUGGCGGUAGUAUGAGUGCAGGUGCUGGUGGUGUCAUGACCGGUCGUAGUAGUAAUAAUAACGCCGAAAACGACGCGCCGGAAGUGAACGACGCGGUGUCGCGCGUGAAACGGGCGAGCGUCGUCGUCGUGCGAGAACCGGACCAGACGAAGGACGAGGCCGCGAAGACCGACGGUGGCGGCCGCAGGCACCACCAGGACAGCCCGUUCAAGGGACAGGUUAGGAUGGCCGAGGACACCCUCGUCGGGCCCUGCGGCAAGAAGCGAUGUGCCGAUCGAUACGACAGCUCCGAGAGCUCUGACAGUGGCGUCGCCGUCUCAUGCGGGGAAUGCAGCAGCAGCGGCACCAGCGACAUCACGGAACCGGGUUCCCCGUGCAGCACCAGCAGCGACGAGGGGGUAGCGAUACGCGGCACAUCCGCCAGUCCACUGCCGUCCCUGCCCAAGCUGGCGGCGUCGUCGCAGGCCGGCACCAGGCCCCAGUGGCCUUGGGCCCCGCCGUUGGCGGCGACCGCCUGCUCCACGUACAAAAGGUCGAGGGGCGAGCCGGAGGCUGGCGCGCUCGCCCGCUCCGGCGCCGCCGACCCCACGUCCAGGGGGGCCGCCAAGGGGAACGGGAAGACCGCCGGUGGUCAGCAUCAUCACGAGUCGCAGGGCAAGAUCACGGAGUAUUUUAAGACGCAGAUCAAGCCGCAACAGCCGAAGAUCAAGAAAACGAGCGAGACGAUGUCGGUGCUGGUGGCCAAGAGUUCGCCGGAAUUCCGAAGACCACCGAUGGUGCAGAGGAACAAGGGCGGUCUCGCGAAAUACUUGGGCACCGUGUCGCUCAAUACUCGCGGGAGCCCGAGCAACGAUUGGGAAGCGCGAACGCUAACAACGACACCGUCAGCCGCGAAGAAACCGCCGCUGGUCAUAGUGCCAAGGAUCACCGGCAAGCUGGAUCACAAGAAGCUGCCGAAGCCGCUGCCAAGUUUGCCAAUCUCGAACGACGUGCUGAAAAAUCUGCCGAGCUGCAAGAUCUCAUCACUUAGGUUACCUUCAGACGCGAGUCUCAGCACGGCCAAAUGCAGCUCCCCGCCUUCCACCGCCGCGUCGUCGCUGCUGGGAGAACCGGUGCCGUUGGACUUCAAGGGUUGCAUCCUGUCGAAGCCGCACGUGAACGAGAACAACAAUUUGACGAACGGGGGCAUCCUGAGCGCGCUGAGGUCUCAGGGCGGCCACGAUCCCAUGUCGCGGCUCUUGCCGCCGGAGAACGGCAAGAACGAGGAAGCCCAGGCGAUCGCACCGGUCGACGAAGACGACGUGGACGAGGAGGAGGAGGAUUCGAGGGGCAGUUCGUCGAAGCCGUCGCCCAUCCUCUCGGCGCCCAUCACUAUCCGAUUCCCGGCGCGAGAGCCCGAGAAGGAUAGAUCGCGAGCUGCGGACAGCGGGAACUGCCGCUGGGACAAGUGUGAAGUCAGCUUUGAAUCUGUCGGCGGUCUUUUGGAACAUUUACAGUCUGCGCACAUUAACACGCAAACCGGCGUUGAUAAUUUCGUCUGUCAGUGGCAAGGGUGCAAAGUACAAGGAAGGACCUCGUGUUCUCGCCGAUGGCUAGAGAGACACGUUCUGUCUCACGGCGGCAAUAAACCUUUUCGAUGUAUCGUCGACGGCUGCGGCUGCAGAUUCAGCUCCCAGACCGCCCUCGAGAGGCACGUGAACGGUCACUUUAAUCAGCCGGAAACGAACAGCAACAACGGGAGGCGUAGCUGUGAGAACGGCGGCAAACUCGUUAGGAGGAAUGGCAAAAAGCUUAGAUACAGACGACAACCUUGGUCCGCGAGGGUUUUCGAUUAUUUCGACUCGGGAGUGAUGGAGCGUCUGCAACAUAGGCUAUUGGCACUAGAGUCGUCGAGGACACUGGGGGGACUAGCUGACACGCCAGCAAACUCGAUGGCACUAACUAGUCAAAUUUUAAUGAGGAGAGUCGAGAUGGACGGCAAGACGAAGGUACUUCUACGAUGGUUUCCCCAGAAUAUAGUACCGGACGAAUGGGUACUUGAAUCCGAAGUACAAAGCACAAAGCACGUAGGUAUUCGCAAAGUGGCCGCCAGUAAUCCGGAGGAGGUGGGUUUGGCUCUCUAUCCGGCGAUAAGCGGCCACGCGCCGCCGACGACGCGAGUGAAGCAGCGCCGGAAACCAGUGAAAAAUUCGUGAUAAUGCCGUGAUCGGCCCGGAUCCAGGACUGACCUAACGAGGCGCGGCUGACACCUGAACCAGAGAAGAACAAAAUACUACUACCGAUGGUAUAGUACGGUCUAUACGCUUCCUGGUCGGUGAAGACGAAGGCCGCUGCAAAGGCCGUGCGACCUGAAACCCGAGUGUGUAUCGUGAGGAAGGGAGGGAGGAGCAGGACCGUUUGUAAGAUAACUCACCUAAUUUAGGAAGACGACCAAUCUACACGGAUUCAGAUCGACUAGCCGGCUAAGAUAAGAAUCACAGUCGGUCGAGAGACCGCGAAAGAGAUAGAGAGAGGACGAACUGGAGAGCAGCACAGUAGUGAUAUAAGAAUAGAGGGACGCACACAGCUGGAAAUACUUCGGAAGAGGGGGCUAGAGAGGAUAGGGGAGGAGAGAAGGGGGAGCGUUAGGAUCAUCCCAUAGUUAAAUCCGUCUCCCGUUUGGAGUCGAGCGAGAGAGAGAGCAACCAUUGCCGAGCGCAACGCAGGCGUUUACUUUUUGUCCACUCGUCGAUAGGUACGCACCAACUGAGCUGAUUGCGUGCGGAUUUUUGCGCACGAAUACCUCGCAUUAUAUUCGAAGUUCGUCGGCCUCGGAAGCGCUAAAUCUGGGCCUCAAAAGUGCCUCACCGUGGAUACGUUUUGUAUCGUCUUCUUCCCGCCGAUCCAGGGAAGAGACAGGACGCGUGGUGGGAACGGUAAUGGAUAGUUGAGGAUUAAGAGGGAAAAAAGGAAGAAAUGCGAAAAAAAAGGAGGGAAGAAAAAAGAAGAAGAGAGUAAAAAGAAGCUUUUGCGGUAUGUCUAUUGCGUUUGGUUUUUUGCCGAAGGAAAACCGACGGAAUGCACAGACAAAAUGUUUAAGCGGUAGUUAACAAUUAUAAGGAGAUAAUCACUCUGGUGGCCUUAGGACUCAAUUAAUAUCUAACAUCGGCCCUUGGCACUUCCGGGAAAUCGAUGGAGUUCUGAGGGACCCAAUCGGGAGGCGAACGAGAUCUCCGACGAUGCUUCGAGAAAGAGAAAAGGAGGAGAGGAUGCGUCUAUCUCGAUUUACACCUUGGUAAGGAACUCGCGUCGAGAACGUGAAGAGAGAAAGAAAGAGCCAAGAGGAAAAGGACAGAAGGAAGAGAAUUGGACAGCGUGAAGCGAAAAAACAAGAGGAAAUCAAGAUGUGAAGAGGGGGGAAUGAGUCGGAUGAGAAUGCAAGAGUACAAGAGAGAACAAGAAGAAUGAAUGCGAGAGCGAGUGAGAGUAAGAAACCAUAGAAAUUGUUCCGAAACAGCCGUUAUUUCUCUGAAUGAGGGUUGACAGUCUCCCAGGUCGAGAACUCGGCGUGAUGUUGAAAGAUUGCGGAAUAAUCGAACGACACGUACGCCACCGAGAUUUCUAUUGAGCAUUAUUUAUGCCUCUCCUUGUCCUAGGACGGGGAGGUGACUGGUACAAAAUGAAAUUAAGGGAACAGCAAUAACUUCUCAGGGCACGAGGCAUGUCCGAGCGCAGAAAAGAAGAAAAAGAGAGACGCGCGUCGGGAGAGCUUGCAUCGCUCCUGCGUCUGAGGGCCACUUGCACCAAUUAAUUGCUCCGAUUAAUCUUCCAUUAACUAGCAGUAUCUGCCAACAGCAGAGCUUUAUCGUGGAUACAAACCACUGUCAAACUCAUAAUCAUCAAGUAUCAAAUUAAUAAUUCCACCCAUGUCGAGCACUGUUUAAUUCAUCACAGUAAUGACGAACUGUGCGAAUUGAUCGGAGAGCUUGGCCCUGCAAGCGGUCCUGAGACACGUUCGAUUUCUUGUGCAUUGCUUGUGCGUCGCUUAUUUUUAUAUCUUUCUGCUGAGUUUCGCGCAACGUGUUAGCGAUUGCACUCGGCUCUGGAAAAUCAGAUCUCACACUGACGUUCUUCGUUUUCUUCUAAGAGAGAAAAAAAGAUGAGUCGAAUAGGAACCAAGCGAGAACGGUAGCUAACACGCUGCACGACCGAUGCGAGCUGCUACCCUCAAAAGGGGAAAAUCACGAUGGUUGAGUUACAUUUUUCUCACAGAGUUUUUAGAGGGACACACUGAGAGAAGGAGAGCGAUGAAACACAACGUUCGGCGCGCGUCGCUACUUCCGUGACACUCGCAAGUAUCACCGUAUCGCGGCUUGCGAGCAAAAAAUGAAGCGAAAAUAAAAACUUUUACGAUUAUCUGUUGCGGCGACGCGCGCGCGCGUGUGUACAUAUAUGUCGUGUAUACAUACAUGUAAACAGAUACGGAUCUUGGUGUAAAUUGAGAAGAGGAGAAAGUUAUGUGUAUCGUGUCGGAUGUGUGUGAUUGACGAGAGAGAGAGAGAGAGAGAGGGAGAGAGAGAUGUUGCGCUACACGAAGAAACAGAUGGGGCGAACAGAACCGAGACGUCAUGCAUAUACACACACACACACAAACACACACACCAGCUAAGAAACACUGCCAAUACGAUUGUAAUUAAGAGCUCCACGACAAUUAAUCAAUUAAUUAUUCUUAUUAUUAUUAUAAAGAUACGAUUAAGUGUAUAAUCGAAUAGAUCUCUAGCUGACGCGAGAAAGGGAUGCGUUAGAAAGAACGGCAGCACUGAGAACAGACGUCGUCGUCGUCGUAGUUCUCACGGUCAUGAUCGUUUUACCUACGCCCCAAGCGGAAUACGCGUUUUAACACACGAUGACAAUUCUACUUUUAUCAAAUGAUGAUGCGCGAGGAUGUCCCGCGUACGUGCGGCGGCAUCAUACACGCGGCGCUGCGCGUCGCGCGUGGCCGCGAGUACGAAUGUAAAUACUUAGUUGAAAUUAUCAUAACGAAACGGUACACACACACACACACACACACACACACAGAGUCAUGGACAAUGAAAAGGACUGUGAUCGUUUCACAGACUGUGAAUUUCGGUAUCACGCGUCACAUUUCGAUUCAUUCAUUAUGCGGCUUGCGAUACAUUUCAUUCUUAUUUGACACCCGGUACAUGUCAUUUUUGCUUCUCCUCGUGCUGUGAUGCGUUCUGAAAACUGGAAACCGACCGGACACGGCCUUGUUGUCCACGACUGUGGACAUAAUACUGUACUCGUAGCCACGAGCUUGCUUUCACCAUCGCUGAGGUAAGCUUCUCUCGCGAGUACCCGAAAGCUAUCUAAAAGCGUAUCUCUCUGUACCGGUUGAUUUUCCAGCACGGCGUUCCCGCAAGGACGACAUACACGUGUAAACACACACAUACACGGACAUAUACUCGAAUACACACAUAUACAUGGCGGCAAAGGUGAUAGAGAUCCUUGCUUCUGCAUGGACGGAUCGAGACCGACGACGGAAACGCGUCACUGCCAAAAUCACGCUCUGCCAGCUCCGUCUUGUUUUAACGGUGCGCCUUUAGCAUAUAUACAUGUAUAUCUCUCUUUGCACGAACGUGUGGUCCACAUGUCGUGCUUCUAACGAACUUCGUCGGUCUUUUCCCUUUGUCGCGCGCGCGCGCCACGCACACGCACACACACACACACACACAUUAAGUAACGUAUGUACGAAAGCACGGCCUAGCCGCAGCUACCGUUUCGUUCUUCGAAUUUAUAUUUUCUCUGGGUGUAUAUCGUCGUUCUUUUAGAAAAAAAAGAAAACAAAUUGACUGAAUAACUAAAUCAGCGAGCGACAAGACAAACUUAAUCUUAGAGAACUUGAUGAUUAUGAGCGGAAAAUUGAUUUCUCGAGUGUAUAUCAGUCAGCUGACAUCUCGCUCUAUUUUGUACGAUGUCCGUGGUUAAUUUUUAUAGGUUUAAAAAAAGGAAAUCCACGGACUUGCGUCUCUCCUUAUUUGCGUGUCUCUAAGUAGAUAAUUUAUUUUUAAUUUUAAGAGAAUCGAUGUCGCACACUACCACCGAGUGUGCGAGCGUGUUUCUCAAGACCGACGAUAUCCUCCGAGCGCUCAUGUGCACUGCCAAACUUCAUCGAGCACGCAAAAUCGAGGUACUGCCAACGAGACAUACAGAACGAGACGCGCGCGCGAUAUUGUAGGAAGAUUAUUAGAUAUACGAGGACUCCUCGUUUUGCAUUGGAUUUUUAUUUCUCGCCGUCAAGAAUUCACUUAGCGCGCUAAUCAAAUCGAGAGGCAGCAGUGCCAUGCGAGGAGUCUCUCGUGAGGAAUCAUCGCGUGUUCCUUGUGAUCGGCACGUCCCGCUUUCGGGUCAACGACGCGACGAGAUAUAAAGGUGAAAUUUGGAAAAUGAAGAAUAAGACACCAUAUGAUAUUAAUCACACAUGCGCACACAUUGGGAUAUUGAUUUAACAUCAUUAUAUAUGUGUGUGUAAUAUAUAUGUAGUAUAAUUUUUUGCAUACGAAUAUCGUGAAAGUCGAGAGAAUUUGUCUUAGUUUGAAAAAUAUCCGUUCGAAAGAUUGCAACUGACGUCUCUUUCUAUAUUUUUGCAUCGUUCCGCAGUCGAUUUUAUUCUAUGGUUUAUAUGUGAGAAACAAAUGGACUUCUAAACUACGUUCUUGCUCCACGUAUCUUACAUUUAUAUCUCGUCGUGUCUCGACUUUUCAUGUUCAUCGCUUACUUUUUUAUUCUUUCGUGGCGCGAUCGUUUUCCGAUCGCUAUUUUUAUCAUUUCACCUUUUCGACCACUUAUUGCGAGAUCUCUGCUCGUGCGAGUAAUACAUGAUAUUAUUUCGUUAUCGGCUCGUUCUCAUCGAAAUCGAAAUUGCGUCGAUCAGAUAAGGGACCAAUCCUUUUUACAUAAGUGAAAAUUCGUCCGCUCCAUUUGGCCCGUCGUUCUGCUUACGAGGUGGAAAUUAUUAUUUUACAAAAGAAGACGUGUUUAUUUGAUACGGGCGAUUAGAUCGAUUUGAUUUAAAAGCCUCCUGAGUUGAUAUAAAAAGAAUGCACUACGCAUUAAGCAGAGAUUCCAUUAGACAUUUAACGGUAUAUUUUUGCGUUUUUUUGUUAUUAUUAUUAAUAUUAUUAUUAUUAUUAUUAUAUUUCUUGCAAAGGUGGAACGAUAGAAGGAGCCGUCGGCCGUUCGAUCGCGCUUGAUCUCUUUGGAAUGGAAGAACCGCAAUAAAUAGUAAGAGGGAGAGAGAUCAAAAGCACUCGGAAGGUCCUUCCAAUUAAUUGUACGAUCCAUUUCUCACGACGUAAAAUUAAAAAGGCUCGAGCGAAUCAGCAAUAUGAAAAAUCAUGCGGAAGGUACAAAGUGUAAUUUAAUUAAGUUUCGUUGUUAAUUCUCGGACGAACGCGUCGACGACCGACAUUUUUAAAGCAAUCUUGCGCAAUAAAUUAAUUUGAGUUUACCGCGACAUUUUUUUUUUACGUAUAUGUGCGCGUUUAGAUUCGUCCAUCACGAUUAUGUUAUGCGGCGAGUCCAAUUCCGACAUCAAGUAUUUCCUAUACUUUAGAGUAUACCAAUUCGUAUUCUCUCUGUGUUGUAAUUAAGUCGCGAGUUAAGAUUUUAUAUCGUCAGUUGAAAUCGAACUGCAUUUAGUUACGAGAUAACCUUUUGUCUUUCUUUUCUCAAUCCUUGAUACAAGUUGGCACUCGUUGUGUCGCGUCUUCUUCGUUUCUUUUUUCCUUUUCAUGCGUUCCCAAAUCGGCAGCGAUGAACAAUUUUUCCUCUCUAUAAGUGCGAUGGAUAUUAAAAGAAGGAUCAUAGACUUCGCCAUGUGUAGCUAUAGUGUCUCGUAUAAACUUUUACAUUGUUUGUAUAUCGGCCUGCUAACAAUACUGCUAAAUUAUCGAUAAAUUAAUAGUAACUUUUUUAAUGUAAAUGCGAAAGAGAAAAAGAGUGAGAGGGAGGGAAAUGGAGGAGGGGGGGGGGGAGGAUUGAAAGAACCUGAGAGAGAUGGAGGAGUGACGAGCAUGUAUGUAAGAUCAACGCGAUUUGUAUACGGUUUUUUUAGUGCACGAAGUUCGACCUGAAACGGAAAUCAACUGUUUUUUUUCCGUUUCCCUUCUUAGUGUUCUUUUUUUUAUAUACAUAUUCGUACGUUUUUUUUUUGUAGAGUUAAACUUUAGUCCACACGAUGCCGCGCACUGAAUAAUGUACGUUUAAGAAAAAGAGAUGCUGUAAAAGUGUUCUGUAAUCUAAUUAGGUCUAUAUUAGUAUCAGAGGAGGAGGAAAGAAAUGAGAAGAAAGAGGGAAAGUAUUGCGAAGAGACACGCGGAUGCUCAUUCUUUCUUUCCUGUCGCAUUUUUUUUCCUUUUUUUAGAAUUUUGCUCAGACACAUACACACACACACACACACGCAUAAAAUACACACGUAUAUAUUCGCCAUGGAUUUAUUUCUUUUGACGGUGCAUGCGUGAAUGUGUGCGCAAGGGAGUGAGAGAGAGAGAGAGAGAGAAAGACAGUGACCGUAAACUAGACGUAGAACAAAGAAACGAUGGGCGCGAAAUGUAUAAAAAGAUGAGUAAAUAUGACAGGGGAGGGAGAGGUAUGUGGAAAUACGCAAAAGAAGAAACAAUGGGGAAAAGGAGACGGAAAUUCUAUAGGCACCGUAUUUUUGCAAGAAAAAUUAAGGAAAAGCGUAGACGGAAAAGGAAUACGGAUACGAGAGAAAUUUCAAUUGUGAAGUUCUCUCAAUCACCGUGUUAAACCCCUGACGAUCGCUGUACUUUAUCGAGUAAUUGUGUAAACGCAACACGAGCGAAGUAUUCUUUUCAGACAAGUUUCUACACUCUUCUCCGAUAAAUCCACGUACAGAUUUGAGAAACGCGUGUGGUAAUAUAAUCGUGUGAAUAUCUCAUUGGAAAAUUGGCAAGAAAGAAAAUCAAUGAAAAUACGAUGACGACUUGAGUGUAACGUAAUUUAGAAAUUUAGAAUGUAGUCGUCGAUUACUAUUCUUAUAAUAAGUCUAAAUUCCACCUAUCGGAAAAUAUACUUUUUCUACGGCAAAACAUAAUAAAACGCGGUAAAAAAUAUACCGUGGACAAUUUGAAAAGUUUCGCGGCUUACGCGGCGGAGGUUAUAUUGAAAAAUGAAAAUGAUUUCACAGAGAAAAAGUAAAUUUCUCAUUGUCAGGCCGCGAACCCUUCAAAUUGUCCAUGGUACAUCGAUCAUGCAAUCGUCUUAUUGGAAUAUUAAUUGAUGUUCACGUAAGGGCGGGUAAAGUGGCGAUUAAACGUGGAAUUUCGGAGCAAUUUCACACAGAAGUGUACCUCUACAAACAAAUACACACACACACACACACACAUACACAAGUAGACCAGAGGAUCUCAUACAGCGUUGACGAAGGAAAGAACGAGUGAGAAUUAGAGGCAUCGCAAACGCGAAGGGCUCGGCUUUCCAGUUUUCGUUCGAGUCUCGAAGAGCGUACGAAGGGACGAAACGUCGAGAAAGACGGGAAGAGGUUCACACUUGUAAAUGUAUAAAGGAAAAGUGACAGCCGAUUCGAGAGAACGAGAUCGCGUUUUAGAUAUUACGUUAGAGACGGACGGGGCGGGGAAGGGAGAGGGGGAAGAACGGUAGAUCGAAGGAACUACGUGACUUUUCCGAUUGUCGAUCUUGUUUCUUGCACCGCGGCUCGGAGCUGUAAAUAUAAUUGAGUGUGUGUAAACGCGACAUACAAAGACUCCUCUCCCGAGAGUAUGUGCAUAUAGAUAUAGCUUAUUACAGAUAUAGUGUUUGCAUUUAUUAUAAAUUCUAUGUAAAAGUCGUCGACGAGACGAAGUCGAGCGACGAUCGCGACGAGGGCCGCUUUGAAUGUAAUUAUUAUGUUGAUAGGAUCGCCAAAUCCGUGUGAAUCAGUAUUAUAUAGGUACGUUUUCCUUUUUAGUCGUUGAUGAUUCCUCCCAGGAAGCUUUAUAUAAAAAAUCUCUGCAUUAUUAUUACUACCAGCACAACCACCACCAUUAUUACCACUAUUAUUACUAUUAUUACCACUACCGCUACUACUGCUAUCACUACUACUACUACUGCUACUACUAUCACUAAACACGUCUAUUUUAUUCGAUCGACUGUAUAUCGCGACGAGAAAAGGGUAGGUUUUACGAUUUAUUAUUUUAACGGUACCGAAUGAAUUUCUCGACAAAAGCAGACGAUGACACGAUAACACUUCGACCGCGACCCCGCGAGAUCGCCUCGGUUAGAAAAAAGUGCUUGUACUUGUAUAAAAGUAGAAAAAAUAUAUUGCAUAGUUUAAAAUAAUAUGGUUUAUAGUGUGUAGAGAGAGAGAGAGAGAGAGAGUGAGAGAGAAUUUGAAGAGGUACGCGCUGGAGAGACAAUAGUGAAAACUGGUGAGCCCCGCUUGAUGAUUGAUUUCAUUCACGAUUUAUCUUACAUCGCAUCCCUGUGGGAUUCAAUUGAAAAAGAGAGAAAAGAAAAGGGAGAUCACUUUUUUCCAGUGUAAGCACUCUGUAUGCGUCUCGCUGUUGACGAAGCGACGAGAAUCGGCGCGCGAUCCCGUAGGGGGGAGGGGGGGGGAUGUAUAUUUCCCCCUCCAUAGGCCAGAUCUCUUUUUCACGAGAACAAUUUUUAAACGCAGGAAAACGACGACAGCUUCUUGUCGCUUUGUCGAGAGAUCGCUGUAUCCCCGAUAUCCGACACACUCCGACGAGAGACUCGAUUUAUCGCGUAGCAGAGAAGAGACGAAAGACGACGCGCGGUUGUAGAGAGCAGCAUGGUUGUUUCGCACUGCCAAAUAAAUAAGUAAGAAAGGAAGGAGGAAGAACAACCUGCGUUCAUUGUGUGGAUCUCGACCGAUCGUUGGAAGCACCGCCGGUGUUCAUUAAUCCACACAUAGUGGUUCUACGAGAAAAAAAUGAAAAAAAAAAACAAU